ACUGUUGGCGAGUUAGAGAGAAGUUUGGCAUUCUGACCUGUAUGUUUAUCUAGGAAUUUUAAAAAGAAGCAGUAGUUUUUCAUGUGGUGCAUAAUCACACAGUGCUUUUCUUGGCAAACAAUUCCAGAUAGAAAAGGAGACACAGAGAACAGCCAGAAAUUCCAUGGGACUGCACUGAAAGAAACUUGGGAUGCCACUAUUUGGAUUAAAGUUUGGAAAGAAGAAAUUGAAAGAGGAAGAGAGGCACCUUCAGGCAAACAACCGGGACUUUAAUCUGGAGUUCGAAUAUGCUAACAAUUCAAUUAAAACAUCGAAAUACAAUUUCUUCACUUUCCUGCCUCUCAACCUGUUUGAGCAGUUUCACAGCGAAAGCCAAUGCUUAUUUUUAUUCCUGCUGAUUCUGCAGCUCAUUCCUGAGGUUUCCUCCUUGUCUUGGUUUACGACGGUGGUGCCGCUGGUGCUGGUGCUGACUGUGUCGGGCGUCAAGGAUGCCAUUGAUGAUUUUAAUCGAUACAAAAGUGACAAUCAUGUCAAUAACCGUCCCGUCCAGGUGCUGAUUAAUGGCAGUUUGAAGGACGAUAAAUGGAUGAAUAUCCAAGUGGGAGACAUCAUAAAACUAGAGAACAACAAUUUUGUGACGGCAGAUUUACUGUUACUCUCAAGCAGUGAGCCGCACAGCCUGACAUACAUCGAGACGGCUGAACUGGAUGGAGAAACCAACCUCAAAGUGAAGCAGGCACUGACAGUCACUGCGGAGCUGGGAGAGGACCUUCAGAAACUGACUGAUUUCAACGGUGAAGUCAAAUGUGAGGCACCGAAUAACAAACUGGAUAAGUUCACUGGGUCUCUUACUCUCCAUGGGGAGAAAUUUGCCCUGGACAAUGAGAAGAUGCUGCUGAGGGGAUGCACCAUUAGGAACACAGAAUGGUGCUUUGGGCUUGUUAUUUAUGCUGGGCCAGACACCAAAUUAAUGCAGAACUGUGGGAAAACAACCUUUAAACGGACCAGCAUUGAUCGGCUAAUGAAUGUCCUCGUGUUAGUGAUUUUUGCAUUUUUAGCUCUGAUGUGUUUCAUCCUGGCCAUUGGAAAUGGCAUCUGGGAACAUGACAAGGGCUAUUACUUCCAGGUCUACCUGCCCUGGGCAGUAGGCGUAGACUCGGCUCCCUACUCUGGAUUCCUCAUGUUCUGGUCUUACGUCAUCAUUCUGAAUACCGUGGUGCCGAUUUCACUCUACGUCAGUGUGGAGAUUAUACGACUGGGCAACAGCUUCUACAUUGACUGGGACCGUAAAAUGUAUUACCCGUUGAACGAUACGCCAGCCCAGGCCCGCACCACCACCCUCAACGAAGAGCUGGGACAAAUUAAGUACAUCUUCUCUGACAAAACGGGAACUCUCACUCAGAACAUCAUGGCUUUCAACAAGUGCUCCAUUAAUGGGAAAUCCUAUGGUGACGUGUACGACAUGGCUGGGCAGAGGACUGAGAUCACUGAGCACACAGAGAAGGUUGAUUUCUCGUACAACCCACUGGCCGACCCAAAGUUUGUGUUCUACGACCACAGCCUAGUGGAAGCUGUGAAGCUGGACGAUGCCGCGACACACAGGUUUUUCCGGUUACUCUCGCUGUGUCACACCGUGAUGCCAGAAGAGAAGAAGGAAGGUAACCUGGUGUAUCAGGCCCAGUCUCCAGACGAAGGAGCCUUGGUCACCGCGGCCCGAAACUUUGGCUUUGUGUUUCGUGCUCGGACCCCCGAGACCAUCACUGUGGUGGAAAUGGGAGAAACAAAAGACUAUAAACUCCUGGCUAUUCUGGACUUCAACAACGUGCGCAAAAGAAUGUCUGUCAUCGUGCGAAGUCCGGAGGGUGACCUGACCUUGUAUUGCAAGGGCGCUGACACCAUUGUCUAUGAACUGCUGCAUUCUUCCUGUGGACCCCUCAAGGAAGAGACCAUGGAACAUUUGAAUGAGUUUGCAGGUGAAGGCUUGAGGACUCUGGUUGUGGCCUACAAAAACCUGCAGGAGGACUACUUUGAGGAAUGGCACAAACGUCACCAUGAAGCAAGCACUGCCCUGGAUGGACGGGAAGAAAAGUUAUCUGAGUUAUACGAAGAGAUUGAAAAAGACUUAAUGCUGCUAGGUGCCACGGCUAUUGAGGACAAGUUACAAGAUGGAGUCCCCCAGACGAUUGAAACCCUGACCAAAGCCCACAUUAAAAUCUGGGUUCUUACUGGAGACAAGCAAGAGACUGCCGUGAAUAUUGGCUACUCCUGCAACAUGCUGCAUGACGACAUGGAGGACGUUUUCAUUAUUGAAGGCAACACCUCUGAGGACGUGUUAAAUGAACUCAGGACUGCAAGGAAGAAAAUGAAUCCGGAUUCCUUCCAGGAAAGUGAUGAAAUUAACAUCAAGUUUAAAAACCCUUCCAUGAAGUCAAGGAUCUUACCUGAAGAGCAAGCGAAUGGGGUGUAUGGCCUGGUUAUUAAUGGCCAUAGUUUGGCUUACGCACUAGAAGGGAACUUGGAGCUCGAGCUGGUGCGAACAGCCAGCAUGUGCAAAGUGGUGAUCUGCUGCCGGGUGACCCCCCUGCAGAAAGCCCAGGUGGUGGAGCUGGUGAAGAAGUACAAGAAGGCCGUGACCCUGGCGAUUGGUGAUGGGGCAAACGACGUCAGCAUGAUCAAAACUGCCCACAUUGGGGUCGGUAUCAGUGGCCAGGAGGGGAUGCAGGCUGUGCUGUCCAGUGACUUUUCCUUCGCACAGUUCCGUUACCUGCAGCGCCUGCUCUUAGUCCACGGGCGAUGGUCCUACAUCCGCAUGUGCAAGUUCCUCAGAUACUUCUUCUAUAAGAACUUUGCCUUCACAUUAGUUCAUUUCUGGUAUGGAUUCUUCUCCGGCUUUUCUGCACAGACUGUGUAUGAUCAGUGGUUCAUCACCCUCUACAAUUUGGUGUAUACCUCCCUCCCGGUGCUAGGAAUGAGCCUCUUUGACCAGGACGUGGAUGACCGCUGGAGCAUGCAGUUCCCUCACCUCUAUGAACCCGGGCAGCAGAAUCUCUACUUCAACAAGAUUGAGUUUGUCAAGUGCGUGCUGCAUGGGAUCUACAGCUCCCUCAUUCUCUUCUUCAUCCCCUAUGGGGCCAUGUACGACACAGUGAGAAGUGAUGGGAAAGCCAUUGCUGACUACCAGUCCUUCGCACUGAUGGCCCAGACAUGCCUACUGAUCGUAGUCUCUGUGCAGAUUGGGUUGGACACUGCCUACUGGACAGCUGUGAACCAGUUUUUCAUCUGGGGCAGCCUUUCCGUUUACUUUGCCAUCAUCUUCACCAUGUACAGUGACGGCAUGUACCUGAUCUUCGCAGCCUCCUUCCCUUUCAUUGGGACAGCUCGAAACACCCUCAGUCAACCCAGUGUGUGGCUGGCGAUCUUCCUCAGCAUCAUCCUGUGUGUGCUGCCGGUGGUUGGCAGUCGGUUUCUGAAGGCUCAGCUAAUGCCGACCGUCAGUGACAAAGUCCUACGCAAGAUCAGAGAGGCCAAGAAGCGACCGCUCCCUCCCUUGCCCAAGACGCGCUUGCGCCGUACCAGCACCCGUCGCUCCGGCUACGCCUUCUCCCAUCAGCACGGCUUCGGCGCGCUCAUUAUGUCUGGGAGAAACAUGCGGCCUAAACUGCCUUUCACCGCAACAGGGAUGUUUUCACCCAAUAGUGAGAAAAACAGACACAAGUGAACGAAAGAAUCAGGGCAGCCAGAAAGGAAACUCUGCUCUGCACAGCGUCCCAGCCUGCACCUGCCCUGGACUGCCCUGUCAACUCCUCCAAGGAGGACUCAGGCCUUCCCUUUCCACCCAGGCGUUCUCUCUAACUCCAGCUCCUGCUCCGAAGAGCACACGCUGCUACCAGGGAGGCAGGGGAAGGGUGGAAAGAACAGGAUGAGUCAAAGUUCUUAAAUGUGUGGCAUUGACAAGCUGAGAGGGGCAAGCACAGAGCAGACCAACCCCCCCAUCCCUCCGUGGCCUGAGAGAGAGAAUGUGCAGGGGAACGCCCACUCCAUGCACCCAGAUCAUCCGUGAUGCCACUGCUUCAUCCCCUCAACCCCGUACCUCCGAGCACAGUGAAGUCAGGGUGGAGGGAGGGCAGAGCUAUAUAAGCUCAUCCCAUCCACAAGGCUUGUUUCUGCCAUGAACUAUGCCAUGAAACAUUCAGAGUUGUAUUCAUCCCUGGGAGAACUCCACUGACCCCAGGGGUGACUGGGGCCCAGUGCUUCAAACCUCAGCUCCCAUAUCUUUGCAAUCUAAGUAAUUGUGUAGCCAUUUGUCCAAAAUGUACAUGAGCAUUUGGAGAGUAUGAGGUAGGAAAUGACCUUCUGAGCUGGUGGGUAACUCUGUCCAGGUCUACGGCCAGUGCCCCAAGCACAGCCUCUGCCUGCAGGUGCAGCCCCCCUACCUUUGGGAGGUGCUGCAAGUUAGGUGUUCAGCUGUCCAGGCAACACCCAGGGGAAAGGGCCUGCAAUUGCGCUGCCCUGUGGAACCAGCCUGCUGGGAAAUGUCACUGUUCUCAGGUUUUGCAGCCAGGCACCAGCAGUUUCUUCUAGACUUAAAACAGAAAAGCACCAAAACACUAAGUUCUUGAAUUCCACAAAUGCUAGAGCUGCUCAAUUAAAGUAAAGCUGGGAAAUCUCUUCCUGAGGAUCCCUCGGGUCAUGGCUAGGUCUCACAAGGGAACCUCCAUCAGCAGGCGGCUUUCCAACCAGACCCGUCAAAUUCUGCUCUCCAGCACAAACGCCCAGCUCCCAUGGACUUCAGUGGAACUGAAAGAGAGCCUCUGAUGGCAGAAACUGAACCUCCAUGCACUGCACGGGGCCGAUGGGAGGGUGCAGUUUUCACCCUUACCUCUGAGUGCCCAGCUCUUUAACAUGCCAGCCCCCUUAUUCUGUCGCUCUCUCCCCCUUGUCUCCUGAGCAGUAUGGGUGAAGGUUUAGAAGAAACCUCCCUAGGCUCAGGCUUGGUGAUCUCCAGUUUCCUGAACCAAACGGUUUUGCCUGAUCUUUCGAUUUUGGUUGGAAGGUGAAUCCAUUAGUCAUGCAAUACAGACAGCUGACUGCCCCUAAGUCCCGGGUGUGAGGUCAGAGAGCUCUGUCAGACAGCAGCAAGGAGACCUGACAGACUAGAAACUGCCAGUCUUGGAGCUGCUGAGCCAUUGGGCCUGGUUCUCCAGUCUGUUACACCAGUGCUAUUCCAUUGGCUUUGGUGAAGUUACCCUGGUGUAAAGCCAGCAUGCUGGAAUGGAGAAUCAGGCCCAUUAGUGUUACUAACCCAUCUAUAUGGAGCUGUCUUGCCUGCAGGACAAAGCAACCUCAGCUGGGUGCUCUAACCACUUACAGAGGGUUGUAGGGCUGGAUUCUUUGCUUGCUUGGGCUGGGAUUCCUGUACAUUACACGUCAGCGGUAACGGGGUUCUGUGCGGAAUCCCCCAGGCACUGGCAGAAGGGAGUGUUACUGCGACAGGCCUAGUCUCCCUGGAGCUCCUUGUUACCUGCUGGGCUCCUUGUUUUAACAGUGACUGCGUGGAAUUGUUUAUGCUCUUCUAACAAAGUGUUUUAUUCUCUGGACAUGACUCUCCUCUGGGCUUAGCACCAGCAGAGACAGAGGGUCGAUUCUACCUGGACUCUGGGGAUGUGUUAUAAACCACAGCAUUAGCUUUCGGACCUGGGGCUGGAUCUACCCUUGCACAGUGGGGGAAAGGAAUAUCCCCUACCCCACAGUGACAUGUGCUGCCUAGAAUCAGCUGUAACACCAAGCAAUGCAGUGCACCGUGGGGAAUCAAACUGAGCAGUGCAGUCAUUGUUCGUCUCCUCUCUCUGGCUUGUCACGUCCCCGAGACCAUCACCUCGGCACUCGGAUUUGGAUAGUGUCUCACAAUGUUGGCCUCCCCAUGGUACCGAAGGGGAGAGUUUAGAUUGUUAAACUGACAUCCCUGAAGGCUCAGCUUGCCAGGCUGUCACUAGCGUGUGAUGUAGUGGGCUGCAGUACUAAGAAGGAAAGGCAGGCCAGCUGCUAAUGAACCAGGGAAGCAGUGGGACCCCAGACACAGCUCUGAUACGGUUUGCACACAACACACCCUACUUGGUCAUGGGUUGAAGUGGGACUUGCAAAUGCUGCAUAAGACACGCAAGGGAUGAUCCACUUGGUGAACUUGCUUCAACUGCAAAGACUUCAGCAGUUUGACAAGACCAAUAUUUGUUUUUAAUGUGUUGAAAUUGGCCCUGGUGUUCCACAAGCAUCUCUCCUUGGUUUGUAAAAUAAUUUUUUAAAUAUAAAUAAUGGCCAGUGGGA